CGAUGCCCCCUGCGGCCGUGUUUGCGAGAGGCCUCCCUUCCGGGCCCACCGGGUGGGCAAUGGAGAGCCGGAGACUUGGUCGAGAGGGAAGGCAGCAUUUGGCCACAGGGUUUUAGGAGGCCUUGGAAUGCUGAGCCCAGCCCCCAACCCCAUUCCAACGUCCCGGCGAGAGGCCGGGAAUACGGGCUGUGGUGUGGCCACCUUCCCUUUCCCGACUUCAUUAUCUCUUAUGCAGGUGUCCGGUCUGGUUGGCCCCCUGCCAAGCCUGCUAAGCAUGAAGCUCCUAUGUUUGGUGGCCGUGGUCGGGUGCUUGCUCGUGACCCCAGCUCAAGCCAACAAGAGCUCUGAAGAUAUCCGUUGCAAAUGCAUCUGUCCACCAUAUAGAAACAUCAGUGGGCAUAUUUAUAACCAGAAUGUAUCCCAGAAAGACUGCAACUGUCUGCACGUGGUGGAGCCCAUGCCGGUGCCUGGCCAUGACGUGGAGGCCUACUGUCUGCUGUGCGAGUGCAAGUACGAGGAGCGCAGCACCACCACCAUCAAGGUCAUCAUUGUCAUCUACCUGUCAGUGGUGGGGGCUCUCUUGCUCUACAUGGCCUUCCUGAUGCUGGUGGACCCUCUCAUUCGAAAGCCGGAUGCAUACACUGAACAGCUGCACAAUGAGGAGGAGAACGAGGAUGCUCGCUCUGUGGCAGCUGCCACUGCCUCCCUGGGGGGCCCUCGAGCAAACACCGUCUUAGAGCGCGUGGAAGGCGCUCAGCAGCGGUGGAAGCUGCAGGUACAGGAGCAGCGCAAGACCGUCUUCGAUCGGCACAAGAUGCUCAGCUAGAUGGGCCGCCGAGGUCAGAUCAAGGAGCAGAGACCACGACUGCCAGCUUCUGGGGCUGGACGGAGCCAGAGGCCCUUUCCCCCCACUUGGUGCCACCCUUCCCAGGUUUUCUCUUUAGAAGCCCGUGGCCACUUUCCCUCUCCUCUCUCUUUUUAGGAAAGUCGUAGCCCGCUGAUCAGAUCUGGGAAGAGUGAUGGGGUCCCUGGUCUCUGGUUUGCCUGCUCACAUCUUGGGGUUAAGGGGAGGGGAUGGUGGCUAGAGCAGAGCUGAGACUCCUCAGGUGGCCUCAGGAUUGGAACAGUCGAGACCACCUUACUUCACCCUGGCCACCCUUCCAGCUCCAAAUCUCGGGAAUGUUCUUAGCCUUUGCAAGAUGGAGCUGGGCCAUCCAGAGCUUAGUGUGUUGGAGGAAAGCAGUCCGCAUGGGCUCCUCUGCUGUGAGUUGUGGGGCCACCUUCCUCCCACCUCAGUACCUCAGCCCCAGCUCCACCUGUUUCCAUCCCUCAGGAUGUCUCUGGUGGGACAGCCGAUCCCACUGAGCCACACUGUGUCUUCAGGGCACACCCGGACGCUUGUCUCCCCUCCCCCCCCCGCUCUUCCACCAGUGCACGGCGGUGCCGAUGCAGCUUGCUUACUCUGCCACCUGGGCCCUCACCCCCACAUCCCCGUGUCUGCACUUGCUGAGCCAGACAGUUGGUGGGACCAUGUGACCAAGAGGCUGAGUGGUGGCUCUGAAUAUCAUAGCUCCUGUCCUUGGAUUUCCUCUCGCCUCUGAAUUUCAUUGUAGCAGUGCAUGGAGAGAAACGUUUGUCCUUCCGUUGUCUGUACAUCAAGGAAGCCAUCAUUAAAUUGUCUUAUUUCUCUCA